UACUGAGAAUUUCGGAACCUCGAGUUGCAAUGGAGCUGUACGGAAAGAUGGCCUCUUCCCAAGAUGCCCGGUAUGGCCAGAAAGACUCCUCUGAUCAGAACUUUGACUACAUGUUCAAAUUGCUCAUCAUCGGCAAUAGCAGUGUGGGGAAAACAUCCUUCCUGUUCCGUUAUGCAGAUGACUCCUUUACAUCCGCAUUCGUCAGCACAGUUGGGAUCGAUUUCAAAGUAAAAACUGUAUUCAAAAAUGAAAAGAGAAUCAAGCUUCAGAUUUGGGACACAGCUGGCCAGGAAAGAUACAGGACUAUCACCACAGCCUAUUACCGUGGGGCCAUGGGCUUUAUUUUAAUGUAUGACAUCACAAAUGAAGAAUCCUUCAAUGCAGUACAAGAUUGGUCAACUCAAAUCAAAACAUACUCUUGGGAUAAUGCCCAGGUUAUCCUGGUUGGGAACAAAUGUGACAUGGAAGACGAGCGGGUCAUUUCAACAGAGAGAGGCCAACAUUUAGGAGAACAGCUUGGGUUUGAAUUUUUUGAAACAAGUGCCAAGGAUAACAUUAAUGUCAAGCAGACAUUUGAGCGUCUUGUGGAUAUCAUCUGCGACAAAAUGUCCGAGAGUUUGGAGACGGAUCCAGCCAUCACUGCCGCCAAGCAGAACACAAGACUCAAGGAGAGCACUCCUCCGCCACAGCCCAACUGUGGCUGUUAAUGUCCCCCCCACAACA